AUGACACAAUCUUUACCGGCCACCGCUACCAUCAAAGGACCAGAUGGCCCUCUGAAUGUUGUCUUGGGAGAAGCAGCUCCCGAGCAAAUCUUGCCGUGGUGUGGAAUCGUCACCGCUGCUUUCGCGCCCUCUUUCCCGGGCUCGGCUUUCUUGGCUCAAGAAGAGUAUCUUGCGCAGCAUCCGCUGACUCUCAAUCAAGGCACCCGUUUCUGGUGCAUUUAUCUGGCAGACGACCCGACAACUUUGCUCGCAGUUACCAAAACGGUACGCCGGCAAUUCCUCGUCCGGGACGGCGAGUCUGUGCGUGAAGAGACCGGUUACUGCAUCGGCUAUGUCGGUACCCAUCCGGAUUACAGACGGCUGGGACUUGCGUCGCUGCUCAUCAAACAUGUUGCAGAAUGGCUGGAUGGCCCAGCUGAUGCGGCAGCGAGCAUGUUGUACACCAGCGUUGGCGAUUUCUAUGUCAGCCAAGGCUGGGACAAGAUACCCUCAAUGAUAUCGAAUAUCACGCAUCCUUCCGGCGAAUUCCAGCCAGUGGACCGCGAAGGCCUUCCCAGCACUCGUCUUCUGACCGACAAGGAGAUUCCGGCUCUGUGCGAGCGCGACGUGGCGGAGUUGAAGCAGAACUUUGACAAACUGGCUGUUGGAGCUAAUGAAGUGCAUGUCGCCGUUAUUCCAUCGGCGGAAAUGGUUAGCUGGCUGCACAUUUGGGGCGAUUUCCUCAACGACAAGCUGCGUGGUGGCGAAGCGCCGUAUCCUCACGGCGCCAUCUGUGAAUCUGCCGACACCUGGAUAUACUGGCAUUACGGAUUCAAGCAUUUGGCAAUCGAUAGAGUUGUCGGCCAGGGCUCCCCCGAAGUACUGGCUGCUUUGCUGUUAGAUGUUUUAGAGGAAGCCCGCAAGUGGAAGUUUCCUAAAGUUGCCGCCUGGGAACCAAGUCCUGAACUGAUCAAAGCAAUGGACAUCGUUUCGAAGCGGGCUGGCGUCGAGGUGGAAACCGUGGAGAGGCCGAACAGCGUUACUUCGUUGAGAUGGAAGAAUGCAGACAAGGCGAAGAAGACGAUUCUUCAUUUGAAUGAGACAUAUGCGUCGUGCUAA